AUGAACAACGGUGAUGAUGGCAGCUUGUCUCCGAGGGACAGAAUACUUCUUUCGCAUAAGUUGCACUUAAGUUGUAAGGUGGUCAAUGCCCUUCUUUUCAUCUUCGCCAUAAUCUUGCUCGCUGUGGGGGCCUACAAGUUGCGUUUACUGAACACCGGCUUGGAAGAUUGUUCCCCGGCAAGCGGAGAAGACUGCAAUAACAAAAGGUAAUUUAGUUAAAAAUAUUAUGUUAGGCCGUCUCAUCAGUUGGAUAGAUUAAUGAAAAUUUCGUAUUUUUAAAUGACGAUAAUUUUUGGCUUCAUGGUAUUUUACAUUACAUGCAUGUGAUAUUUCAAGACUCUGCGCUGAUAAUUGCGAAAUAUGCAAAAUUCAUAAUUCUAUUACUUUAUUCCAGCUCUUCGUCGGCAGGACCUUAUACCAUGAUAAUCGCGGGAUGUAUCCUAAUCCUUCAUUGCGCAAUGAUAUUUGGAGUCAUGAUAGCUCUCGCCAGGGAGGCAUCAAAAUAUAUUCGACAGCUCUCCAACCAACUCCCGGUGAGACAUGCAAUUUUAUGCAGCGUCAGCGUCUUUCCCGCACACCAAAUAACUAGAUGGGUUAGCUGAUGUCACCUGAGGACGACCAGCUUUCAUUUUUUGUCUCGGUAUAAUUAAAAAAUUUUCCAUCAUCGUAGACCAGCGUCUAAGUAUCAUUGGGUUAUUUCGCGAGAAUUACUUUUUCAGCCCCAAGUACAUCAUAGAUUUCAUCUCUUUUUGACCAAACGCAUAGGCUUGCCAAGGUGUCCAUUCUAAAAGUCCUAUUGACAGGCUAGCCUUAGUAUGACAAAAAAACGCGUCCUAACAAAGAGCCCUUAAUCUGGAAUACCGCGGUAAAUAUGUUUUUGCUCGUGCGUUUGCUUACAAUAUUCUCUGAAUUAUCUUAACAAUCAAAUUGUGCCUUUAAUUAAAAUGACCAUUUUACUUCUCAUCUAGACUUACGAAGAAGCUAUACAAACUGCAGUUUACGGUGAUACGAGCAUGGAUGAUGUCUGGGCCGUGUGAUCUACAACUAGUGGUCAGGAUGGUUGACAAAACAGCGCAUUUAUUCCAUCACUGCAGUAUUUACAGGAGUCAAAGUCUUAAACUCACAUUGCCUCCCUUAGAACUUGUUACGCAUUUAUAUUACCAAUAAACAGUUUCAUAAAAAAACUGAGCUGUUUAAUUAUGUUUUAUGGAGGCAUGACAUUCAAUAUUAUUAUAGAAUCAUUUUACAGGCCGUAGGUUUGGCUAAUGCGUUUUUUAAAAAGGUUGAUUUACGCUAAAGUACGUAGCUAUUUCGCUACAGAUUACUAACUGCAGCACUUCGACAAAAACUGGAAAAGGUGGUAUUCUGCGCCAGAGUUAGGUCACUCAAACUAACUCUUAACACCGAAGCCGCAUUUUCUGUCGAAAAAUGCCAAUCUUUCAAUAAAAUGCGAUAGCUGAGGAAGAGCGAAUACUAUCCUUCGUCGCUCCUCUUAAGCUCACAGUUAGACCUCCAAUUAGAAGAUUUGUUGUAGGACUGAUUUACGAGGGAAAACUAACUAGAAAUAACCAUUCCGAUCUCUGCAAAUUUCAGUCGGCAUAUCUCGCCAAUAUCUAUCCCACAGCCAUCUAGCACAAUCGAUGUCAAAAUAGGCCAAUGUUUUUUUAAUCAAAAAAAUGAUUAAUUAAGUAGCGUUGUAAAACAAGUCAACUUGCAAAAUAAUUCUAUGAUAUUCUAGUUAUGUCAGGAUGCCGGCUGCAUACGAAUACGACACUCUGUAAAAAUCAGCACUUUAUUAGUAUGCAUUCUUCUCAUUGAUUUCCGAUGCUCCAAAAUGUCUUAUUAUAUUUCACUUAAAACAUGUAUAAAAAUAAGUAUUCUUUUGUUCAUUCGGUAGAGAAUUACGUCUUCUAAUUUUGUAUUCGAAGGUGGGCCCAAAUUCAGUUUUAAAAAGUUUUUAAUUGUGCGACUUUUAAAUAUUGUGAAAUGGCCGUUAGCAAAUAGUAAUGUAUCUGCCUUUACCAAUGUGGCUUGUAAAGUUUACAAUAUGAAUCAAAUCCACUGUUUAAUUUUAUGAAGCCUACAUAGCAUCCUUUAUUACCGUGGAGAAAUGUGUGAUUUUCCAUACGCGAACAAUAUACGGCUUGUAGUUUGGAGAGCGGGUUUAAAAUUAUUCGGGAAUUGAAAGAAUAUUUGAAAACCGAACUAUACCCUUUUUUCGAGUGUAUGAUUGGAAGAAGACGUACUUUUCUACCGAAUGAGCAAAUGCAUGAAUGCAUUUUUCCAUAAAAAAAUUUUGAAAUUUCAAGGCAUCAAAAAUCGGUGAGAAAAUAGCUCGAAAGCCGGAAUCCUGCGGUAACUGAAACACUAUAGAAUUAUGUUGCAGCUGAUUAGUUUUACAACUCUUCUUAAUUAAUCUUUUUGAAACGAAAGCACAUAUCGGAAUUUCGGUUCACAUUUCAUGAGUUAACCCGCCUGUUGUAUGUAAUCUGGUAAUCUGCGUGGUUAUCUGAAGCUGGACAGGAAAAUAAAUCUAGGAAGAUGGAAAUAACAACUUGUGAUUUUUGGCACUCCACUUUGUGUUUUCAAUAAAGAUAACUUCCAAAACCAUGCAAGCGUGAAUAUCAUCUCUUUGUAAGCAUUAUAACGUAAAGUGUAGUACAAAUAACGCAAAGGUAGCGUAGAAUUUCCAACGCAGUGAUGUUUUUCAUUCACCGCUAAUUUAGACAAAGAUGAAAAGCCACUGCCAAGCAGAGUUUUCUGACAGGGCCCUUUACCCUCUGAUGCAAAAUGUAAACCCUACAGGACAUAAGUAAUGAAAAGGGAAUAGGUAACCAUAUCUGGCAUGACGCCUAAGUACAUGUUAACUCCAGAUAUAUACGCUAAGUUCCGUGUGACUGUAAAUAUCAUUUAUUAUUCACCGUUCUCAUUGUUUAAAAUUUCGUUUCCUUUCAAACUAAAUGUAAACUUACUAACGGCGCUUAUUAAAAAUCCGUUAUUUUUUAAAUUGCUUUUCGUUUAUUCUUUUCGGUUAUCGUGCUCACUUUCUUUGCCAAAUGACAGCGUACGAUUAGACUUUCUGCAGAAAUUUAUCCAUUUUCUGUGUCUUCUUGCUCUCUGUAUCCUGUGUUUAGCCCUACUCGUAAAACCCCUCGACCACCGUUAGCCCACCUACUGUGCAUUAGGUGACAUGAACUGGGCAGAAUGCAUAAAUGUCGUAACCUUGCUCCCUCACACAGCAACUUGUCACUAAUCUAUCAGACGGCGCUUACCAUGGACUUCCUCGACUUCUGGCAUUUCAUUGUUUUCCUGAUCACCUCGGUCAAAACCCGAAGUCAUUUGUCUCCUCACUGGAACUCAAUAACAGCCACAACAAUGACAGAACUUUGAUUUUUAUCACGUAUUCUAUCAUCAUCACCCUGAUUCAAUGGCGGCAUGUUUGUGUAGUGAUGCAGUUUACAGGCCGUUUGUGUCUACUUGCGGAUCUCUUAGUCGAUAUUCCCUCACCCAAAAUGCCUUUGAUAUUUUCAAGCCUUGGUAAGCGGAUUUUUCUUACCUAACACCUAUUUUAAACCUGUCGUCGCUCAAUGUCUGGCUGCCUUCUGUGUUCUUCUUCUGAAAUCUAACUUGAAGUAAUUUUUAAUCAAAGCUGACAUAGGUCACAGCCGCGAUGCCGCUAAACGCAUAGAUUUGGCAUUACUAAACCCGAUGGUUUGGUCUCUGAUACCUUUCGGACGAUGAUCACACAAUUGGAAUAGCUUGACGCUAGCGAGCAAAACCUCCGUAUACUCUGGGCGAGUGUUGCCUGAAACCCUCAAAAUGACUCUAAUAUUUCUGAAAUACUUUUCGUCUAUAUGCAGAUUUGCCUUUUUAGCACUGUCUUUCGCAUAUUUUCCACGCAUUGAGCAAGUGCAAAGGCAGUGAGACCUUGGUAGAGGUCGGCUGCUUCUCGAAAUUGACGAAAUAAUUUUCGUGUCUUAUUUGACGGACUGACUCAAUGCUUGAAAUGUCAGCCUUCACGCUGACCGACUACAUUUUCUGUCAAUGUGGGUAUCAGACUCCACGCGAGAAUUUGCUUCUUUUUCUGCUUUUUCGCCAUUUUAUAUAUAAUUUCACCUUUUUUCCUUAAUGUAGGAACUGAACGUCUCGUCGGCACUAAUAAGGGUGGGGCCGCUUCGACUAAAGUCCACCAAAUGGCCUGGCCCCAACCGAAUACCUGCACUCGCCUUCCAGGACUCUGAACAUGCAAAAGAAAAAAAUUAA